CAUAAACUUACCCAACUUUAUAAGCGCAGAGUUCAGUUAACAGCUCAGGAAUAAGUUAGGCAAAUAUCAUGGCAAAGAAAGAAGAGGUGAAGCUUUUGGGACUAUGGGUAAGCCCAUUUGUGCGCAGAGUGGAGUGGGCUCUGAAACUGAAGGGUGUUGAUUAUGAGUACAUAGAAGAAGACAUCUUCAACAAGAGCCCUUUGCUUCUUCAGUUAAACCCUGUCAAUAAAAAAGUUCCCGUUCUUGUUCAUGGCAACAAAGUGAUCGCUGAGUCCUUUGUUAUUCUUGAGUACAUCGACGAGACAUGGAAGCAUAACUAUCCAUUAUUGCCUCAAGAUCCUUAUCAAAGAGCCAAGGCCCGUUUCUGGGCUAAAUUUGCAGAAGAGAAGAUUUUUGAAGCAGCAUGGAAUGCUCUGUGCUCCCUAGGAGAUGAAAAGGAAAGAGCAAUAAAAAUGACUAUUGAAGCAUUAGAAAAGCUAGAGGGAGAACUCGAAGGGAAGCAAUUCUUUGGAGGAGAGAAUAUUGGGUAUGUAGACAUUUUGGCAGGAUGGAUUUCUUACUGGUUACCUGUUUGGGAAGAAGUUGGGUCCAUGAAGUUCAUAGACGCCUUGCAGUUUCCAUCAAUUUGUUCUUGGAUGGACAGAUUUCUUAAUCAUGAUGUGAUCAAGAAUAAUUUACCUCCAAGGGAGAAGAUGGCAGUUUAUUUUAACAGUCGCCGUCAAGUCCGAACUUCUGAGCCUCAUGGUUGGAUUAGGGUUUAAUGGAAUGAAAAUAUUUCAUACCUGUAAUGCUCUGCUUAAUUUACUGAAAUCAGAAUAAUUAAUUGUAGCCAUUGGUGGCCCUAAUAAUCAAGAAUUUUUGUUUCCAUUUUUC